CAUGUCUGUUCAAGUGAAACUGGAACAGCCUGGUGAUCUACUACAAGAUGUUUCAAAGUUCAGUUGCAGUGAUGAUGAGAAUCAGGAUAGUUCAUACUGUAAUGUUAUGAACAUGAAAACAGAAACUGAAUUUCAAAGAGAGAUUGAAUCAGGGUUAGAAAGAACAUGUGAUAAAGAGACCAAUGGGAACAUCUGUAGUGGAAGUCAGUUUCCUGGUUAUGUUAUAAAACAAGAAAAUCACUUUACAGAAGACGUAAAAUCCCAAAAUAACAAUAUUAGUGGAGAAACAAAAUUAAGUGGAAAUAACCUAAAAGCAUCUAACAUUCAUCAGUGUGAUGAUAAACUAUACAGUUGUGGAAAAACAUUUGAUAACCUAACACAACAAAAGAAGACUUAUUCUGGAGAGAAACCGUAUCAUUGUGUAGUUUGUGGAAAACAGUUUGAGAGUAACAGUCACUUAAAAAUACAUAAAAGAAAACACACUGAGGAGAAAUCACAUAGUUGCACAGAUUGUGGAAAACAGUUUAGAUACAAGAGUGCUUUAAAAAUACAUGAAAGAAUACACACUGGGGAGAAACCAUACAGUUGUACAGUGUGUGGAAAACAGUUGCGAUACAAGAAUGCUUUAAAAAUGCAUGAAAGAAUACACACUGGGGAGAAACCAUACAGUUGCACAGAUUGUGGAAAACAAUUUGGAGACAAGAGUACUUUAAAAAUACAUGAAAGAAUACACACUGGGGAGAAACCAUACAGUUGCACAGACUGUGGAAAACAAUUUCGAGACAAGAGUACUGUAAAAAAACACGAAAGAACACACACUGGGGAGAAACCUUACAGUUGUCAAGUGUGUGAAAAACAGUUUGGAACAAACAGACAUUUAAAAGUACAUGAAAGAAUACACACAAGAGUGAAACCUUACAGUUGUGCAGUGUGUGAAAAACGGUUUAGAGAAAAGUGUCAUUUAAAAGAUCAUGAAAUAAUACAUAGUGAGGAGAAACCUUACAGUUGUAAAGUGUGUGGAAAACAGUUUAGAAGGAGGAGUCAAUUAAAUGUACAUGAAAGAAUACACACUGGGGAGAAACCUUACAGUUGUACAGUGUGUGAAAAACGGUUUGGAAACAAGAAUUAUUUAAAAAUGCAUGAAAUAACACACACUAAAGAGAAACCUUACAGUUGUACAAUGUGUGGAAAACAAUUUAGAGAAAAUUAUAAUUUAAAAGAACAUGAAAUAAUACAUAGUGAGGAGAAACCUUACAGUUGUACAGUGUGUGGAAAACAGUUUACAAGGAAGAGUGGAUUAAAAGAACAUGAAAGAAUACACAGUGGGGAGAAACCUUACAGUUGUACAGUGUGUGAAAAACGGUUUGUAAACAAGAAUUAUUUAAAAAAACAUGAAAGAAUACACACUAAAGAGAAACCUUUUAGUUGUACAAUUUGUGAAAAAUGGUUUAGAUGGAAGAGUCUAUUAAAAGUACAUGAAAGAAAACACACGGGGGUGAAACCCUAUACUUGUACAGUGUGUAAAAAACAGUUUGAAACAAAGGGUCGCUUAAAAAUACAUGAUAAAAUACACACUGGGGUGAAACCUUACACUUGUACAGUGUGUGAAAAACAAUUUAGAGAAAAGUAUAAUCUAAAAGAACAUGAAAGAAUACAUAGUGGGGAGAAGACCUUACAGUUGUGCAGUGUGUGAAAAACAGUUUAGAUG